CAGCUGCUCGAGCUCACUCGCGUGAAAGCACGUCGUAAACAAAGAAAGAGAGCAGCAGUCAGCAGAGACGCUUGUUUUGGUAGCUGUAUAUGUCUAUUUAUGCACGCAACUUAGCCAGCAGCUAGCAGCAUUGCCAUCUUGCACUCGGUCGCGCUGGUAUCACUGCAACAGAGUAUAAGAGCAUAUUAUAUGCUCCGAGCUCCCGUCGUCGCCUGGUUCUACAUGCAGAGAAGUAUCUCGACGAUAUUGUAUCGAGGCGAUCAUUGUCCCUUGCUGCUCUGACGUUCGCGAAGCCUCGCUUUUUCGAUUCUUCGGAGAGACGAGGAGAGCCAUCAGCAGCAGGGAAUAAGAUGGGCGUCGUGUUCGUCGAGCACAUGGGUGGCGUUCGCCUGUUCUCCUGCCAGCGCUGCGACACCAAUCUCACCAACAGGGACCAGCUGAUCAGCACUCGUUUCACUGGUGGUACGGGGCGCGCGUAUCUUUUCCACAAAGUCGUCAACGUCAAGUACAGUGCUUUGCAGGACAGAGUGAUGCUGACGGGUCGUCACAUCGUACGAGAUGUAAGCUGCAAAAACUGCAAUACCAAACUGGGAUGGAUGUACGAGUAUGCCCAUGAGAGAACCCAAGAGUACAAAGAGGGUAAAGUUAUUUUGGAGAAAGCGCUUAUUUUAGAGACCGUGGGCAUAGCAGAAACACAAGAACAACCUCGAUAACUUAAUGGAAUUCCAAUGUGAUAAACAGAUUUAUUAUUAUGAUUUUAUUAUUGCUCUGUUAUCAUUGUAGUAACUUAGACAAUUUUAUGAAACUACGUCAACAAAUUAGAAAAUACAUUAUUAAAAUACACGAUAAUAAUCAUUAGGCUAUAAUGUAAGAGGUAAACGCGUUACUAAAAAUAUGAGACUGCUGUUAUGUGCUUUGGACAAAAUUUCAUCAAAGUGAGAUAAUCAAAACACAAAUAAUAAGAUAUAGGCAUAGAAUAUUCUUUCAUCUUAAACUAAAACAAAGUACCUUAGAUAAAUAAUUCGUUGCUUUUUUUCUUAAUCAAAAAGUGUUCAAGAAUAUAUAACAAAAAGCAUUAAACAUCAAAUUCCCUACUUUGUCAAAGCUGACUAUUGCAUAGAUUUUAAGUUGAGCUUUUGUUUUUUUUCUCUAAGGUAUUUGAAGUACAUUUAAUUUUUUUAAUAUUUUUGAAUUGCUAAAAGUUUAUUUUACUUUUGUAUUAGCUUUAUAAGCACUUUUUAUUAACUGUGGAAUAUAUACAUAAAAAAUGCUUAUUAUUGAUCUAUUAGGGACUAAGACAAGUGGUUUUCUGAAAAAAAAAGAUAUACUUAAUGUAAAAUAUUCUAUAGAUUAAUCUGCCAUUUAUAUUUACACAAAUAGGGAAUAAAUGUGUACCAGGAUAUACAAUCAUAGUAUUGUAAUUUAUAAGCAUUCCUGAUUAAAAGUCACAUUAAAUAAAUGAAAUAGGCCAUUGAAUCUAAAAAAAGUCACCAUAUGAAGUUCAAAUAGUUUGUUUAUAAUUAAAUGUAUAUAAGUUUCAAUUUGUAGUGCACUUAACUUGAAAUAAGUCUAUUAUACAUCUUUGUUUCAAAGUGUACUACUAAAGAAUUUUAGUUUUUAAACAAUAAUGUGUUCAAUAUUAUCUUUACAAAAUAUAGUCGUCUAUAACA